GUCCCACCGGAGCCAGGACUCUUCAUUCGUGAACUCUCAUCAGAACCGUGAUUAAACCACCCUAAUCGUGAAAAGUCAAUCGUUCUUCGGCUUUGUUUGGGACGCUCGCCGUUGUCUGCAGCUGUCAAUCACGCCGGGAUUCUGUUUCCGGGUUCAGCGGCGUGUCCCGGAUGUGUGGGAUAUGAGUGUCCAUAGAAACACUGAUCAGCUGACCAUCGUCUCUGGAGUUGUGUAACGUUUUAUCAUCGGUUAUCUCAGGUGGACGGGCGUUCUAGUCGUAUUAUGAGACGCUAAAGAAGGCGAUCAGGCGCGCUGAAGCGCUGCGGUCAUGUGACCUGCAGAGGGCGCCGUUACUCGACCGUUAUUCACGCGUGCGCGCGCCUCCGCCAGGCUCAGGAUCUGCGGCACUCAUCCCUCACGAGUCUCGCGUUUAACGGUAUUAACGGUCGUUAGGGAGGUUUUCGCGCGGUUAACGGUCGUUUGUUAAGAGUGAACGUGAAGCUCGCGUGAAUUGGGCUGCGCGUUUAUUCCGUGCGCGCCGGUAACGCUGCGGGCGAUCCUCCGGUAAACGCUUCGAGAGACAGCGACGCUCAAAUCAGCAGCAAUCUUCGUCAUCUUCAUCUUCAGCAGCAGCAGCAUCUUCAUCACGACAAUCUUCCGUCGGUGUGUCGGGCAUGAAGCACUGAAGCGGUGCUUAACGCUGUGUGUCAGCUCUGACCUUGAGUCGGUGUUGUGUUCUCUCUCAUGUCGGUCGUCCCGUCUGAAGCAGCGCUCCAUCAGAUUCUCUCUUAAAAUGCUCCAGCGUGUGACUCCUGACAUGUAAAUGGCGUCGAAGGUGCGUGAUGCUGUCCUCUGGUACCAGAAGAAGAUCGGUGCGUAUGACCAGCAGAUAUGGGAGAAAUCAGUGGAACAGCGAGAGAUCAAGCAGUUUAUCAGACGGGGUCUGCGGAACAAACCGAAGAAGACGGGUCACGUGAAGCCGGACCUGAUUGACGUGGAUCUGGUCAGAGGCUCUGCGUUUGCUAAAGCGAAGCCCGAGAGCCCGUGGACCUCUCUGACCCGGAAGGGCAUCGUCAGAGUGGUUUUCUUUCCCUUUUUCUUCCGCUGGUGGAUUCAGGUGACAUCGAGAGCCAUCUUUUACCUGCUGCUGUCUCUCUACCUGCUGCAGGUGCUCGCAGCCGUGUUGUUUUUUAUCAUCUCCAGUCCUCACGGUGUCCCCGGAACCGAGGUGUUUGGUGCCAUCUGGCUGAUGCUGCUGUUAGGAACCGUUCACUGCCAGAUCGUCUCCACACACACUCCUAAAGCCAGCGGAGGAGGCAACGGGAAACGGCGCAGGAAGUUGAGGAAAGCGGCUCAUUUGGACAUUCAUAGAGAAGGCGACGGCUCUAGCACUACAGAUAACACACAGGAGGGGGCGCCGCCGGGCUCACUGUCAGCCGGCUCUCGCAGCCUCAUCGCUUUCUUCAGAGAUUUCUGGCAUGGUAUCUUUAAAGAGGGGUCUAAAAAGUCCAAGCUGUCCAUCGAUAAGUCCACAGAGACAGACAAUGGAUACGUGUCUCUGGACGGACGUAUCACCAGCAAAAGCAGUGAGGAGGGUUUACAGCUGCAUGAGCCUCACUGUGACCUUCUGCGCUCCGAGACGCCCUGGAGCCUCCAGAACAACAGACACCAGCUGAUCCUGCCGCCCACGGGCAAGUGUCUAUCUGAAGCUGCGGUUCCUCGUGGGGUGGAGAACAUGUCAGAUGAAGCCUCCAGUGAAGAAGACCCAGAGAACUACAGCGCCCUCCGCAGGGCAGCAGAGCGCAAGAACAGCGACUGUACACUGCGCAACAGGAAAGCACACCACUACAAGAAGCAUUACACUGCAGAGGAGCCGCUGAAGUCAGGCACCAGCUGCAGCUCACGGUGCUCCAGCUCGAGGACGCAGGACUCUGAGAGCGCGAGGCACGAGUCUGAGACCGAGGACGUCCUGUGGGAGGACUUCCUGCACUGCGCAGAAUGCCGCUCGUCCUGCACCAGUGAAACAGACGCCGACGGAUCGGCCGUCUGCUCCGGCUCCAAGAAAGAGUUCAGAGACGACCCGUUUCAUCAGGGACAUGUGCCGUGGCUCCACAGCUCUAAUCCGGGCCUAGAGCGGGUCAGUGCCAUCGUGUGGGAAGGAAACGAGUGUAAGAAAGCAGACAUGUCUGUGCUGGAGAUCAGCGGCAUGAUAAUGAACAGGGUUAAUCUCUACACCCCAGGGAUCGGCUACCAGAUCUUCGGGAAUCUGGUGUCUGUGACGCUGGGUCUGACUCCGUUUGUGUUCAGACUGUUCCAGCACAAGGAGCCGGAGCAGCUGUCGGCCGGAGAGCUGCUGUCUGUGGCCUUUGGCUCGUCUUCAGACGCUCUGGUGAUGGCCAUGGUGAGCGUCAGCUUCGUGGUGCGCGUCUGUCUCAUCUGGCUCUUCUUCUUCUUGCUCAGCGUCGCAGAGAGGACAUACAAGCAGCGGCUGCUGUUUGCAAAGUUGUUCGGUCAUUUGACGUCGGCACGAAGAGCCAGAAAAUCAGAGGUCCCUCAUUUCCGACUGAAGAAGGUGCAGAACAUUAAGAUGUGGCUGUCGCUGCGCUCUUACCUGAAGCGGAGAGGUCCUCAGCGCUCCGUGGACGUGAUCGUCUCCUCUGCGUUCCUGCUCACGCUCUCGGUGGUCUUCAUCUGCUGCGCUCAGCUGCUUCACGUGCACGAGACCUUUCUGGAGUUUCACUAUAACUGGGAGCUGGUGAUCUGGUGCUCGUCGCUGUCGCUGUACCUGCUGAGAUUCGUCACGCUGGGCUCAGAAACCAGCAAGAAGUACAGCAACACAUCCAUCUUACUAACAGAACAGAUUAACUUGUACUUGAAAAUGGAAAAGAAACCAAAUAAGAAAGAAGAACUCACUCUGGUCAACAAUGUCCUCAAACUGGCCACCAAGUUACUGAAGGAGUUGGACGCUCCCUUUCGUCUCUACGGUCUGACCAUGAAUCCUCUGCUGUACAACAUCACUCAGGUGGUGAUUCUGUCGGCCGUGUCGGGGGUCAUCAGUGACCUGCUGGGCUUCAACCUGAAGCUCUGGAAGAUCAAGUCGUGACGGUGAAUCUGCAGCGAGGCCUGCUUCUCAAACACAGGGUGGCACCGUUUGACCUUCAGGGUCUUCCUGACAAUGAACUCUUGACCUGUCGCUCGGUCGUAUCAGAGUGCUUGUGCAAUUCAGCUAUUUAUUUGACCCUUUCAGUGUUUUUUUUAUUCUGAAGUAUUUGUUUUAGCUGUUACAAUUGUUUUAAGUAUUAUUUUAGCUCAUGAUGAUUAUGUUCUCAUAGGAAAGAUAAUCCAGUGCGGUCUGAUCGGUGAGUUACUGAAACCAACAGAAAAGGUGAUUAUCACUGGAACAGAAGAAACUGACACACACACACACACACACACACACAACUUAAACUGCCAUUUUUACACACACGUGAGUUUUAACUGAUCUGCAGUCUUUUUAGCUUUGUUUUUAUUCUCAGCAAUAAGUGUCAGUGAGUUUAGAUGAACGUUGUGUCUGAUCACACUGAUUCAACUCUGUGUGUGUGUGUGUGUGUGUGUGUGUCUCUCCGCCUCAAAACGUGCACUUUAAAGCAGAAAAUGUUACAUGUUUCAGUCAGAUUCAAGGGCGUUCAGUGUUGUAUGUGACACGGGACAGACUGCCUAAUGACCAAAGUGUUUCUUUUUCCUUUCCUUGUCUUUUGCUGGACAUGAAUGUAUUCGACUCUCUGAGCUCUGCUUCGUAAAGAGCACUGACAGAGUUCCUUUUUUUGUUGUGAUUUUGUUUUUGUCUGUUUUGAGUUUGAUUCGUAUUUCUGUUCAUGGAGGGAAAAUGUUCUGUUACAACGCUAUUUAAGGAAAAAAGAGGAAUGGAGAAACUAGAUGUCUCGUUCACUUUUCAGAGAGAAUCUCUCGUUUCUAGAUUCUGUAUAUGAAUGUCAGACAUUUCUCAGAUGAAGGUACAGCCAGCUUCUCGAGACUUAAAUUUGAACAUACUGUACAAAAUAAAUCAUUCACGAAAAGUG